GGUAGGUGGCCCGACCGACCAAGGGACCAGGAUCCAUGCAUGCACCGGUGCGAGUGAGAUCGAAUCAACCACACCACGGUGCACGGUCCCGGCACCACGCUCGCCAUACCACCUAUUUAUAUCCACGUUCCUCUCGCCCCUCUUCUAUGUGGCGGCAGCUCGCGCAUCACAUCGCAUCACAUUCUGAUUUCUGAAUCUCCGGCAGCAGCUUCGCCUUGCUGAUCCGGUGGUCAGAUGGAGGAGGAGGAAGCUUCGGCGGAGCUGAUCAGCCCCAGGAUCUCCUUCUCGCACGACCUCGCCGCCUUCGCGGCCACCGCAGCGACGGCGCCGCCCGAGCCACGGCGGUCGGACGCGUCCCUCCUCAUGUCGAGGCGGAGGCGGCGCCGCGCGCCCGAGCCGGAGUUCGACUUCGCCAACGCGGCGGCCGCCGACGUCGCGCCGGCAGACCGUCUGUUUGCCGACGGCAAGCUGCUCCCCGUGCCGCCCCUGCCGCCCACCGCCCCGCGCGCGCGCUGCGCCAAGCCACCCCAGGCCGGGGCGUGGCAGAGGGCGCCGCGGUCUUGGGCGUCCCCGUUCGCGCGCAGCAGCAGCGUCAACUCCGCCAGGACCGCGGCGGCGGCGUCAGGGAGGUUCACCUGCCCGGCGUUCCCGCUCAUGCGGAGCCGGUCGACCGGCUCGGCGGCGGCCGCGGUCGGCGCCCACCAGCGGCCCAACAACGGCGGCAACGGUGGUGCGAGGUCGGUUUACUACUACGGGUACGGGGGCGGAAGGAACGCAGGCGACGGCCAUGGCGGCGGCGGGGUCCGGGUGAGCCCGGUGCUGAACGUGACGUCCAUCGGCACGAGCGUGGUGAACAUGCUGAGCCACCUGCUGUGCGACUGCGGCGACAAGGCCGCCAAGCAGCAGAGCAGGGGCUUCGGAGUGCGCUGCUGGGUAGCCAGAUAGUAGCACAAUUAGAAGGAGUACCACAAGUUAAGCGCACUCGUUAAUCACUGAUUGAUUGAUGGAUUGAUUGCCCACUUGUCGCCAUGGUUGCUUGUAAGUAAGUAAGUAAGUAAGUAAGUAAGUAAGAUCGGAAGAUAAACCAAGCCAUGUGAGUUGAGACCGAUUGAUGGGUUCAGAGAUUGAGUGCGUCGUCUAGGUGACGGGACAGCGUAUCAGUGCCCUUUUGGUUGUGUCGUUGGUUAGUGGCGAGGCAUGGAUAGAGCGGGGUUGAUAGGGACGUGCA